UGAGCCCACAUCUCCUUCCUCGCCUUCCAAGGGCAGUGUCUACUCUGCCCUCCUCCAUCCUGAGCAGCCUUCCUGGGAAGAUGCCACCAGUCCUGAUUCUCCUGACCCUACUUCUGCCUCUUGGAGCUGGAGCAGAGGAGAUCAUCGGCGGCCAUGUGGUGAAACCACACUCCCGCCCAUACAUGGCGUUCGUUAUGUCUGUGGAUAUUAAGGGGAACAGGAUAUACUGCGGAGGCUUCCUGGUUCAAGAUGACUUUGUGCUGACAGCUGCUCACUGCAAAAGCAGGUCUCUCCAAAGCUCAAUGACAGUCACACUGGGGGCCCACAACGUCACAGCUAAGGAGGAGACACAGCAGAUCAUCCCUGUGGCAAAAGACAUUCCCCAUCCAGAUUUUAAUGCUACUAUCUUAUCCAGUGACAUCAUGCUGUUAAAGCUGGAGAGGAAGGCCAAGAGAACUAAAGCUGUGAGGCCCCUCAAGUUGCCCAGACCCAAUGCCCAGGUGAAGCCAGGGGAUGUGUGCAGUGUGGCUGGCUGGGGGUCAAGGUCCAUCAAUGACACUAAAGUAUCUGCCCGCCUACGAGAGGUUCAACUGAUCAUCCAGGAGGAUGAGGAAUGCAAAAGGCGUUUCCGACCCUACACUGAGACCACAGAGAUUUGUGCUGGAGACUUGAAGAAAAUAAAGACUCCUUUCAAGGGUGACUCGGGGGGACCCCUCGUAUGUGACAACCAAGCAUAUGGAGUUUUCGCCUAUGCAAAAAACAGAACAAUCUCUUCAGGAGUCUUCACUAAGGUCGUGCACUUCCUGCCAUGGAUAAGCAGGAACAUGAAGCUGCUCUAACAGGUGUUAAACCACCCGUGCCUGACCAGCCUGUCUGACCUCAGGCAAGAACCAGGUGGAGUGGGCAGCAAAGAAUGAAAAUUCACAAUAAAUAACCUCCAGAGUGC